AUGGCACCAAAGGGCCACCACAAGCGGCAGGAUGGGCGCAAGUCCAGCGGCGCGUCGGCGGCCGGGGGCGGGCAGGCGCGGCGCACUGCAGUCGAGCUGACUGCUGCAAGCGAGGCCAGCGUGCGGAGCAUCUUGCAGGAGCUGGAGGCGCCCCUCCAGCAGCAGCAGCAGGGGCAGCUGCCCCCCGGCGGCGCGGCAGCCGCCAAGCAGCUGCAGCGCGCGUACGCCGACACAUACGAGCGGCUGGUGGACUACGGCUUUAGUCACGACCAGGUCCAAUUAGCGCUGCGGGCGCUGCCGCUGGGCGCGGCCGCUGAGGUGGCGCCGGCGCUCGACUGGCUGUGCCUGAACCUUCCCCAGUCGCAGCUGCCACGGCGCUUCGCGGGCGCGGCGCGCGGCGGCGGUGGCGCGGCGGGGGCGGCGGCCGUCAAGGUGCUGUCGGUUGCGGCGCCAGGCACGUCUGGCAGCGGCGGCGGCGGCGGCGGCGCGCCCGGCCCUGAGGAGGGUCCGUCGGAGGGCGGCGGCGGCGCCGACGGCGACGCCGACGGCACCGCCUCUGACAGUGGCAGCGGCGCCAGCGACGAGGGCGCCGGCCCCGGCGCCGGCAGCGCGACGGGGCCGGGCGGCGCGGACGAGAAAGCGGCGGCCAAAGCAUGGAUAUUGCAGCAGUACGGUGGCGGGUCGUCCGAGGGCGAGGAGGACGGCGGGGCAGACGACGGCAGCUGCGGGGAAGCUUCCGAGGACUCGGUCAUCGAGGACUGGGAGCUGUGGGGGGACCCCAGGGAGAUCGAGCGGCGGCGCGCGGAGCGGGCGUUCGGCAGCCUGCCAGAGGAGGUCCGCAGCGCCCGCACAGACUCGGCCACGGUCGCGCUGACCGUGCCCGUGCGCCUCAGCCGACGCCGCAUCCUCAUCCCCAUGCGCCGCGCCGCCCGCAUGCGCCUGGGCAUUGGCAUGCGGCCGCCCCCGCCCCAGGAAGCAGCUCGCGUGUGA